AUGUCGGUGCUAUACUUAGUCUCGGUGUUCAUAGUGCUUAACGUUGCAGCUGCUAUUACACUACAUGAACAUAUCACAAUCAUCCAACCGAAGUUAACCAGCCACGCGGAUGAGUGUCUCGAAGAAUUUCCGCUCUCCGUCGAAGAUCUAGCCACGUACAAAAGUGGAAAAUUUCCAGAAGGUUCCGACGCUGCCUGUCUUGGUGCGUGUGUGUUGAAGAAAAUAGGUCUUUUCGAUGACUUAGGAAGUCUGGUGCAGGCUGCAGCAUUGGAUAAAGCCAAGGAAAUAUUUACUGGCGACGGAGAAAUGGACGCCAUUGCAGACAUCAUCACUAAAUGUGCUAAAGUAAACGACGAGGUUAUUGGCGACGGUGAAAAAGGUUGCGAACGUGCCAGACUAUUGUUCAACUGCUUCGAUGAAAUCAAAUAG